CGCAUGCCCAGUGCGGCUCUCCAUCAUUUCCAAUAUCCCAGUGUAGGAGAAGCAGCAGAGGCAGAGAGCUAAAUGGGAACCAUGGGAAUACCACUACCCAACUGCGUUUGGGAACCAAUAUGUUGAACACACUCUACUAGUCCAGCUGAGGGGCGGUAUUCUGGGCGGCAAAAGACAAAUUAAUAAUAAAGGACUCUUGUGAAAGCACAGCGCACGCCGACUCCAGAUCCUCACCUUUUCAGCCAGCAUCUUCGAGUCGGAUGGCUCUGAAUGACAAGAUGCAGUAAUGGAAGUCCACGUGCCAUUCAGCACUGUAGCCAUGAAGCAGCUAAAAGGGUAGGGUCUCCCGUGAGCUCGCCUCACCCUACCCGACCACCCACCCACCCACCCACCCACCUACCAUCCCAUCAGCUCCAUCUGAGAGCAGAGUCCCAUUGAAGGAUAAUCCUGCAGCCCUACCCAUCUCCUAAACCCUCCCACCUUCACCUCCACCACGGCAUUGGAAGACGAACAUGACGUGCAUUGCGAAGACACUGGUUGAUGUCUGAUAUAUAUACCUCUGAGGUGUCGAGCGUAAAACCAGUGGAGCAAUGAAUGGCGGAAAGGACUGUGAGGCAGGAGAUGAGAGGCAGGCCGUCCCUGUCCAGGUCCCCAUUGGCUGGCAGCGCAAGGCGGAGCAAGGCGGAGGGGUCGUAUACAUAAGUCCCAGUGGCUCGGUGCUGUCCAGCUUGGAGCAGGUGAAGACCUACCUGCUGACAGAUGGAACCUGCAAAUGCGGCCUGGAGUGCCCACUCAUCCUCCACAAGGUGUUCAACUUCGACCCAGGGGCAGCUGUCAAGCAGAGGACAGCGGAGGAUGUGAAAGCAGAUGAAGAUGUCACCAAACUCUGCAUUCACAAGAGGAAGCUUCUGGCUGUGGCCACGCUGCACAGGAGCAUGGAGACGCAUCCACCACUCACGUUGACAAGUCCAGGGGGAGGUACGUCGUCUGUGGUCGCAGCGCAUUCCACAACUCAACGGGCAAUAAGGACUAAACCCCACGAUGGCCUGCCCAAUGCUGUUGGCCCAGACUGCAAGAAUCCUUUCAAGAUGAUGAUGGCAGCUGGACAGCAACAGCAGCGGCUGUAUCCACCGCAGGAGAUGGUUGGAGCACAGCAGUCAGAGCUCUAUUCUGGGUACACCAGGCCUCAGAGGCUGGGCAGUGGGGAGCCAGGCCCCAAAUCCCCUUACCGGGCGGGGUAUGGUAGCAUGCUGAGCCCACCUCCCUCCAGUGCUAAGCUGUAUGGAGAUGGCUCACAGUCUCCCAGUGCAGACACUCUGGGCAGCCCCGAGGGCUUUCCAAGGACCAAUCCUUGUGGGUUUCCAGGAGCCGGCAGUCCCGGCUCAGCCUCCAUCCAUGGGAACUCUAGGACGCCUCUUUCCCCACCCAACGUGAUGCUCCAUGGCUCCCCUGCGGGCCAGCCAUCCUGCGCCAUGACAGGAAGGACUAGCACGCCCCUCUCCCCCACGGCCACUGCCAAAAGCCCUGUCAUGAACAUGAACAUGCCACGGGGGAACUUCCCCCCUGGUAUGGAUAUGCCCCGUGCCCCGUUCCACCAUAAAACACAGCCCCCUGUGCAUCCUGUACCUCCCCCUCCAUCCAUACAACCAUCCUGUGCCCUGCAGAAAAGGCAACUGAUGUCUGAAAAAGACCCCUUAGGCAUCCUGGACCCCAUCCCCAGCAAGCCUGUCAGCCAGUCCCCGGCCAGCGCCCCAAACCCCUCCAACUUCCAGCCUAACAUCCACUCUCAGGUACCAGUGAUGAAUGUAAACAUACCCCCUCCCGCCAUUGUUCCCUUGCCAAGCAACUUACCUUUACCCACAGUGAAGCCUGGGCCUGUGGGGCAUGGCGGCCAUAUUCAAAGGACUCAACAGGGUGGUCCGGCUUCCUCCAUGUCCCCUUCCCCUGUCACCUCCCCUGUCCACAUGGUUGGACCCGCCCAUGGGAGGAUGGAGACCUCCCCCCAUCGCUCACGCUCAUCCUCCACCUCUUCUGACCAUGGGAACUUCGCAAUGCCCUCAGGGCACCAGGCCCCAUGUGGCACCAUGAAGGUCCCCCCUCGUUCCCCCAGGUCGGCUAUGGGCUCUCCCAGGCCAGCCAUGCCCUCCAGCCCCUCCACCAACAAAACUGACCCACUCCACCAGUACAAAGACUCCCAGCUGCUGUCCGGGAUGGGAAACUCAAUUGGCACCCAGCAGCACAGCAACCCCAUGUACUCACCCACCUCUUCCUCCUCGUCAUCAUCCUCUCUGGCCACCCCCAGCGCUUCCCAGAAGGGCCACCCAGGACUCCUGGGGAUGCCCCUCAACCAGAUCCUCAACCAACAGAAUGCUGCUUCCUUCCCCGCCAGCAGUCUCCUGUCAGCGGCAGCCAAAGCACAGCUAGCAAAUCAAAAUAAACUCAGCGCUGCUGGCAACAGCACUGCUGGCAUGGCUGGUGGUGGUGUUGGUAUGGCAGGCAUGGGGGCAGGUGGUGGAGGUAAUGGAGGGGGCGGUGGGCACCCUGGCUCUAUGAGCGGCUCUCGAGGCAUGGAGGGGCACAGCACUUUAAACCCCAUGCUCCCGCCAAACUCCACCAUGCUGCUUAACACUCCUGAAGGCCAGAGUGGUCGUGCGGCGCUGAGAGACAAGCUGAUGGCCCAGCAGAGGGACCCGCUGCGCAAACGCAAGCAGUCAUCAGGCAGUGCAUCAGUAAACCAUGACAACAGUAACAACAUGGUCUACAACAUGCUUAACAAACCAGGCAUGGGAGGACCCCACAUGCCAGGUCCCAGUGCCACUGAACAGCUGCGAAAAGUGGGCCGACUUGGAACCCUUCCCCCAAACACCUCCAUGGCCCAGCUCCUCCAGUCCAUGAGCUGCCAGAGCUCGCACAACAUGGCUGGGAGCAGCCAUCGUCCUGGCCUCAGUCCUGGCGCAGGGCCUGGUCCUCAAGGAGCUGCACAGCUGCACUACAGUGACACCACAUCCAUGGUCCCUGGAGGCCCUCAGCAGAACCUCCUCACCCAGCAGAGGCUGCGGGGCCCCAGUGACGCCAUGCACUGCCAGAACUUGGACACCUCUGGGGGCCACCUGGGCUCUCGUCCAGGCCAGUUCCCCGACAUGAUGGCCCAGAUGCAGGCCACGGCCAUGAGUAACUGUGGGCCCAUGGGGCCUGGCGGUGGACUGGUCGGCCCUGAUGGCAUGCCGCUGGGACGCCCCAACACUAAUCCCCCACCGCUGUCCCAUUCCGGCCCUCACCCCUCACAGCAGAACCUCCUUCAUAGUAUAGGGCGGACUAACAUGGUAGUGAUGCCACAUGGAGGUGGAGAUGGAAGCUGUACGCAGACCAUCUCUGACACAGGAAACCCCUCAUCCCUUGGCUGCAAUAUGGGCAGCCUGCAGCCUCACGUCAAUACCGGCGGAGGUCAGAUGUACCAGCAGCAGGUCCAUCCGGGCAUGCAGCAGGGUGUGGCCUCCCACCCAGCCUACCAGGGCCAGCAGCACUUCUCCGACAACCCACCUUACACAGACAGCAACGCUAACGCCGGCUCCAUGGCUUGUCUCUACCAGACAUACCAGCAGGGGAUGUUGCCACACCACCAGUUUGGGGAGGGGCAGCAGCCCCAGGGUGAGGGGCUACGAGCAGGUACGCCCGGCUCUGAUAGGGGCCCCGGCAGAGGCCCCGAGUCGGUGGACGCCAUCUACAGAGCCGUGGUGGACGCCGCCAGCAAGGGCAUGCACGUUACCAUAACCACCACAGUGAGCGGGACCACACAGGCGAGCCCGGUGCCUGCUCUCAGCGCCAUGAGUGCCUUCACUGCCUCGAUAGGGGAGCCCGUCAACCUCCCCCAAGCGGUUAGCGCAGUCCUGCACGGGCACCAGGAAGGGGAGGCGUUACCACAGCAAGCCAGGCCGAGGCAGGUGAGGCUGGGACGAGGUCAGAAGAACAUGGAUCCAGGGAAGAGCACUCCAGACGGCCCCGAGGCCAACGACUACUUCCGUUCUCCUGGCCGUGGGACUCCAAGGGGGCAGUGGGACGGGGAGACGCAGCACGGGGGAGGCUUCGACACUCACAGCAACAACAGCGCCUGGGGUGGCGAGGAGUUUCUUGAAUGCUCAACCCAGGUGAGGAGUAGUCCCUGCAUGGAGCGACCCGCCAGCUUGGCUCCCGCCCCACCCUGCCCUGCUGAGGGGUCCAACGACCAUGGCCUGGCUAUGGCGCAUGGAAAGGCCUUUCUCGACGAUGGCUAUCGCUUCAACAACUGCAGCCGGACACCUGCCAACUACAAGGAGCGUCUGGAGCAGACGGUGGAACGCUGCGCCCAUAUCAACGGCGCCACCCCGCACUUCAACACCCGGGGAUACGGAGAAGUCCUUGGCCCCCCACGGCAAGAGCUAACGGGGGAUGACCAGUCGCCCAGCUCCUCCACUAGCCUGGAGGGACCUCUGGCCACAGCCAAAGACUACAGCCACUACAACGGCCACUUCAAUGGUAUGGCACCCAGCCCCUCGGACACAAAGAGCCUGAGCAGCGAGGAGGACCUGCGGCAGCCGGACUCUCCCUCCUCAGAGCUGCUUCACUACAGGUCUAGGACCUUCAACAUGGGAGAGCUGGUCUGGGGCCAGCUGAAGGGCUUCCCACCCUGGCCUGCCAAGUUGGCUGGGGACGAACAAGUGCACAGCGCUGCUAUGCAGCUGCGGGAGCAGGCCAAGGUAGAGCCAGAGAAACUAAAAACACUAACUCAUGACUUUGAGGCACUUGACCGAGCCGCCAAAAGAGGCCUGAAACCGGGGAAACUGAAUAAUCACUUGGAAGCUGCUAUCCACGAGGCCAUGAGUGAGCUGGAUAAGAUGUCGGGCACAAUCCCGUCGAGAGAUCGUCAGAUGAAGCUCCCCAAGCCUAAGAGGAGGAAGAUAUCCAGAUAACAUUGAAUGUGUCGGCCCAAGAACGUCCUCAAAGCCUUCGGAGACUUCGUCCGUUCAGCCUUUGAUGCGAUCUGAGCUCUCUAACAGGUGCUACACAUGGACUUUCAGUGGUACAUCGUUGUUCCAUGAUAUCAACUUGACUUAAUGACUGACCACAGAAGGUGCUGGAAAUUCCAAUCACCAAUACAGUUUUAACUGUAGAAGAAAAAAAAAAAAGAAAAAAUAGAGAAAAACAUCAAUGGUUGCAAUUUGUCUACAGUUCACUGAAUUAACUAUUUUUUUCUAGUAUAAGAUAGUAAAACAAACAAAAAAAAGCUAUGAGCAUUACCUUACAUAUUUAAGAAAAAUAGACAGUCCAAAUAUUUCUGAUACAUUUUCAAUAUGUAUAUAGAUAAUCCUGAAAUUUCAUGCUAUUAAGAAUUGUAUGUAAAUAUUGUACAAUGUCAUGUACAAGCGUACCUAAUGCACAUUUUAUCUUUUAUUGUACAAAAACAAAGCAGAAGAAGUGUACCAAUGUCUUGGUUUCUAUUCAGAAAUGCGGUUGCAUACGACCGCAUGCAUAGGAUAAAUAAGAAUACAGCCUAAAGCUUUUAUAUGAUGAACUGUAAGACGUGCUGUUUGUUUUGUUUUGUUUUUUUUUUGGUUUUUUUGUUUGUUUGGUUUUUUUUGUAAGGGAACAGCAGUGGAACAGGCAUGAGUUAUAUGAGUUCUCCAUUACGAUAGUCACUUCACACCAGUUAAGUGUUCAUUUGUAUUGGAAAAAAAAAAGAUUUAAAAAACAAAAAACAGAAUGAACUUUACCAGCAGAAAGUGUUCAAUGUUCAACUGAGUAAGGUGGGAAAUGACCACCGGCCGGACGAGUGUUGGUAAAUCUUCAUCAGCUCCACCGGUCGCUCCGACAGGAGAAUCAUGAGAUUUGGAGAUCUGGUUUUGUGCUCAGUAGUCUGGUGGGCUGGUGAGUUGUCGGGUUUACCAGCAUCGUAACUGGCGGAUGAAAGAAAGUUGGUUACCUGCCGUUUUUAGACGGAAAAAUCCACCUUUAAACAGCAUCUUUUAGGGAUGUUUCUUUGCAUUUCAGGAGUUCCAGAGUGACGUUCACAACCCCCAACAAAGCCGUUUCUACUGUCACACAUCUUAUGGCUGCAGGCUGCUACACCAGCUGAACCUGAUAUGAUCUUAUGUUCAACUGUAAAGUCUUAAAGUCUUACUGGGAAACCACAUAGGAAGCAAGACGCAAGCGGCGCAUAAGUGCGUUCUGUCCGUUAAAUCCUCACCGACUCCGACAUGCGUCUCUGUUGACGGAAGCAGCCGUCUGUCAGCUGCAGCUCCUCAGGAGCAGACAAACUGCCUUCACCCGGCUGAGUGACAGCAGAAAUUUACUGAACCAAAAUAGUUUUCAUGUUUCGGCUCCACAGGAGGAAAUCAAGUGUUUGUUUUUAUUGAUUCAUUGAUUUUUAUUUCCCCGCCUACCGUAGCUAUUGAGGGGAAUCUGCCUGUAGUGAAACAGACAGACUGGGAGCCUUGAUCAAUCAAUGUAGAUACGAUUAAUAAGUACAAAACACACAUACAGCAGGAUAUUUGUGUGAUUUUAAAACAGCUGUCUGUGCAGAUUACGCCUCAUUAAAAGCGAAAAAUUGACUCGGAGGGUAAUGUUAAUGUUAAUUGGCCGUUAAGCUACAAGUAAACUAAGUCAACCUAAACAAAACAGUAGCAAAGAAUCAUGUUUCAUCAGUGCAGCAGUAUUUAUGUUUUAGUUAAAUUACCUACAUUAGACGUUUUCAUAAAACAUGGAGGAAAGAAUGUUUGCAGUUAUGUGUGAACUACCCAACAUAUGAUACAACCUGUUUGUCCAUUACAUCGUUAAUAAUGUAACGACCAUUUAUUACUAAGGUAGAGACACAUAAAUAUGGUCAUAAACAAUAAGAUUCAACACCUGAACAGUUACAAGCUACAUGCAUCUCAAAUGAAAGCAGCAUAAAAUCACUCAUGCCGUCGUCUUAUCUGAUGAUUACAGAAAAAUACCAAACAUUCGUCUUAGUGUCAUCAUAAAUGGAAAUAUCAAAGAAAAAUGUCUUGUUUUCCUGUUUCACUAAGUUAAAACAGUAGUUGGGGUUUCGACUCCUCCAACACAUACAGACUAAAGCCACAUGUGAUCUCACACAGAGCUGCUGCAACGGCCUGCAGCUCAUCGUCCUGCUGUUCAGGGUGUAGAAACUGGUCCGAGGCCUCACUCCUGGAAAAACUUCACACCAAAACUUGUUUUGUUUUUUUUUGUUUUUUUGCGUAAAUGUUUGAUUGUUAACAUUUGGCCAGUUAUCCAAGGGAAGAAAAAAUAAACAAAUUAGUGAAAUGCAACACACGUUACCACUUAAGAUUGUUUUUAGGUGGAUUUUUCCUUCCAACUACAACCAAGAGUCACAGGCUGCAUUGAUGAAUUCUGUCAUUUGGUUGUUGUGAUUAUGUUCUCGUGCUCGUUUGUACAGUGAUUCUUUUUUUUUUUUUUUUUUUACCAUGACUGUAGUCGUAUUUGCCACAACUAUAGCUUUAGGUAGAGUAACCAACGUCAGAGGCAGAGUCUAGAUUAUCAUGAGGAACACUAACUAGAUUUUUCAAGAGCGGUGAAGCAUUUCUCGCAUUUUAGGGGCCUUGUGUUUUUUGUUUUUUUUUUUGUUUUUGCUUAUUGAUGUAAAUUAUUUAUGUACAGUACUCCAUAUUUAUUUUAAGCUUUACAAAUAUGCUAGAUGGCAAUAAUACUACCAAGAGUUGAGAACUCAAGCCUUAUAUGUGUAUAUGUAUGUUUCUUUUUUUUUUUUUUU